ACUGAAGGUCGAUGAAACAGGCGCGCUGUAGGGAUUUGGCGGCAUGACUACUAAAGUCAGUAGACUAUCGUCGCUUAUUGUUAACGCGGAUCCUGUAUAUCUGAAAAGCGAGAGUCGCAUCGUUUAUUCCUCUGACAAGUUUGUCGUUGUUCUUGAUGCACACACGGGAGUCUCUCAGUUCUUGCACGGACAUAGAGACUCAGUGGUUUGGAUUCUUCCUGGAAUUGAUAAACCCCAUCAUGUAAUUUCUGGCGGCUUAGACGGGAAGUUAAUCGUUUGGGAUACCAAAACAUGUGAGAAGGUCCAGAUUUUGAAUACCAGGUUCCCAAUAGACUUCUGCUUCCCUACUGCAACUGGCUAUAUUUUUAGCCAUACUUGCAAAAACAAACAUAUCGUAAAGUCAUAUGACCGUUCUACUGGAAAUUAUGUAGACUACGUAGAAUUCCCCCAAAAUGCUAUAAUGGCGUAUAAGGAUUCUGACUUUGUAGCAUGUAUAGUCGAUUCCAUCCUUAUCGUAUACUGGAUUAACUUAAAUGUCUCAGUGAGGACGUAUCCAUGUAAAUUUCGCUUCAGUUUGGGUGCCCGGGCAGUAUUCCAGUCCUCACACAAAUGGAAUGACUGUGGCGCAUAUAUAUUUGGUGCUUCCUUGUAUUCGAUUCCCACCAAUGAAAAGCAUUCAGAACAAAAAAAUUAUACAUGCAUCGCAGCACACCCAAAGGACUGCAUCAUUGCUACAGGAAAUGGUCUUGGUGAAAUAUUCAUUUGGUGGAAUUUAUGUGCUCAAACUGAUGAUCAUUUAAACAUGCUAAAUCCUGUUUCUGACGAAUGGACUGGAAGUGAGAAUUGCUCAGAAGAUGAUUCUUUCGAUCAUGUCAAAAAAGCCAUCAAAAAACAUUUUGCAAAAGGUCAUUUAUUCACUUAUUACCCAGUUCAUCCAUCUCAUGUUAAACGGUCUUUACUUCAUUGGCAUUCUGUACAAGUGACAAGUCUUUGCUUCACGUCAUGUGGCACUCAUCUUCUCUCUGGUGGUUUGGAAGGUGUGUUGGUCAAAUGGGAUGUAACUGACUGUUUCGGUGGUCCACAACAGCGUCGUUUUCUACCUCAUUUUGGCUAUCCAGUAUCUUCUGUUCGAAGUCAUGGUGGUUUUUGUGAAGAUAUAAUAUCUGUCAAUUUGGAGAAUAACUCAUUUCACAUUAUGGAUGGAGCUUUCACAAUAAUCUACUCAAAACAAGGCUUUAUGCAAUUUCCUAAACACUGGUUUCCAAUUCCUGCUGCAUUUAUGAUGCCGGAAAAUUUAAUGACUUUACAAAGCAAACUUUCACAUAUAGAUGAUGAAUUGUCUUCGACAUACCUCCUGACGAAUGGUGGCUGUGGUAAAAUACAGCUAAUGAAUGUAAAUGACCGUGAACAUGGUGUUCAAAAGAUUGACAUUACUCACCAAAAUCUUAUUGUCAGAAGUAUGGAUUCAAAACAUCCAGUUAUACAUGCUGAAGUAUUAUUAAUGGCUCAGUUGAGCACUGAAGUUGCAUUUACUUGGUUUGUGACUUACGAAUGUGUAAAAAAGUUAGCUGAUCAUGAACGAGGAUUACCAAUUGAUGAUCAGUCACGUCUAACUUGGUGGCAGUGCCGUGAAUCAGAAAAAAAGAAUGAGAAUGAAGAUAUGUCUUCAUCAUCAGUCAAUGGAAUUCAUGAUUUUGUUAAAUUCACUUCAGUUGAUACUUAUUCCAUGUCACAUUUUGGUUGUCCUGCUGUCAGUAUGGAGUUUGUUCCAUCUGAGAAAAAUCAAUUAUAUGUACUGUUAAUGGAUUAUCGACUUAUGAUAUGGAAUUAUAAUUUUGAAUACACGAAAAAUCCUAUAUAUUCCCCAUGGAUUCCAACUUCAUGCCAUCUUUUGUCGUAUAGUAAUCCAAACCGUUCGAUCAUACCACCUGGCUCUCUAGUUAUUCCCUUCAAUGUACAAUCUAAUGUAGAUGAAUCCAAUACAUCGACAAGUCUUUUAGUGUAUUCUGGUCUUAAUCUAACUCUUUUAAACUGGAAUGAAAUUCUACUCGAAAGCAACCCAAAAGUUGCUGCCAGUAUUUGUCUAAAAGAUAAUCUGUCGAGUCUGUGGCCAGAUUCAAAGAAGGUUAUCAUUGACAAAUGUGCUCUUGUUUCUCAUACGGAUAAUGACGAUGAUAAUGUUGCACGUUACCUGGCUAUCACGGUUCGUGGUCAUGCUUCCAGAUCAAUGAGUGAGCGUGUUUCACUUGGAGCUUUGUGCUUAGUGAAAUGUACAUCUUCCAGUAUUGAAAUUAUGUCAGUUGUUUCCGAUGUAUCAGCGACCUGUUUAACUUCACAUCCGAGUAAACCUUGGUUAGCUGUGGGAUUGAAAAAUGGAACAGUUGCCAUUUAUGAAGUUCAAUUGAAUACAAAUAUAAAAUUGAAUAUGCUACAUUCAUUAUCAAAUCUUGCUUCUCAACCAUUAUGUGAUCGAAUACAUAAGAGUGGAGUAAAGAAUAAACAUAAACAAUCAAAUGGUACAAUGUUUGUAUCACUUUGUUUUAUUCCAUUAAAUGAUAAUGAUGAUCAUGUUCAAUUAGUAGGAUUAAUGAAAACAUUAAUUGGACGAGAGACAGGACGUUAUGAUUUAGUUUAUUAUGGAACACGUAAACAAGCACAGAAAAAUCUAAAGGAGACUACAAGGUUAAAUAUGCAACCGAAACAACGAAGCUUACUACAAUUGGUUGAUACAGCGUCUCCAGUGAAAUUUGAUAAUCAUAUACGAGCAAAUAAACGAAAAUUAGAUUCUGAUAUACAAUUAGAAAAUACUUUAAAACAAAUUAGUGAAUAUCCAAUUUAUACAGCUCCACCACCUGAUCAAGUGUUACAUCAACUUCUACGAAAACAUUGAAUGAUCCAUUUUAUGUGUAAAUAAUUUGUUGACUACAAAAUAAAGAUGUAAAUAUGUC